AUGCGCAGUUUGUUCUACAUUGCAGUUGCAGUCGCGGUCUUUGCCCGCAGCAGUGCCGUCGCAGCGUUCACGAAUGCCGACGAUUCUCAGCUCUUGUCGAAGACCACUCCCGACUUCGCGACCGAUGCUAUGGCCAGUAGUGACUCCCGGAAGAGAUUUCUACGGGCCACUGAUCCGGAAGAUGGCGACUUGCAAGCCGAUGAUGAAGAGCGAACUAAGUUUAAGAGCCUCGCUGAUAUCAUUAAGCACCUGGACGACCAAGAUAUGAAACACGUCGCCGGCAUUUUAGCGAACAUGGAUGAUAUUCAUCACAAGAAUGUGCUUGCGAAAGCACUGGAAAGCGGUCGAAUCACGCAGAAGAACUACGACGACGCCAUUGCUGCUCUACAACGCACGUCAAAGUAAGAGACGAGAGCGUCGUGCACAGCGGUUAAGGGAAAACGUUGAGAGCGAUUAAUACCGUUUAGCGUUUGUUAAACUAAAUCACUGUCAAAUAAAGUUGCUG